CCUGCCACCGCGUGAGGAUGUGCCGGGUGGUCCCUUCCUCCUCCUCCUCCUCCUCCUCCUCCCCGGCUCCCUGCCCGCUGUCCAUAUAAAAGCGGCGCCGCCUCCCCGCCCGCUCUCACUGCCCGCUCCUCUCCGCCGCGCUGGGAGAGGGCGGAGGGGAGGCGGUGCGAGGCGCCGGGAGGAGGGGGACGCAGGGGGCGGAGCGCGGACGGCACCUUCGGGGAUAAUCCUUUCUCCUGCCGCAGAGGCGAGCGCGGAGCGAGUACUGCGCGCAGCUCAGCGGCCGGCAGGAUGGCGACCGUGGUGGUGGAGGCCGCCGAGCCGGAGCCUUCCGGCGGCGUCGCCAACCCGGCGGCGUCCACCUCGCCCAGCUUGUCGCACCGCUUCCUCGACAGCAAGUUCUACUUGCUGGUGGUCGUCGGCGAGAUCGUGACCGAGGAGCACCUGCGGCGCGCCAUCGGCAACAUCGAGCUCGGAAUCCGAUCAUGGGACACAAACCUGAUUGAAUGCAACCUGGACCAAGAACUCAAACUUUUCGUAUCUCGACACUCUGCGAGAUUCUCUCCUGAAGUCCCAGGACAAAAGAUCCUCCAUCACCGAAGUGACGUUCUAGAGACCGUGGUCCUGAUCAACCCUUCAGACGAAGCAGUGAGCACUGAGGUGCGCUUAAUGAUCACAGACGCUGCCCGGCACAAGCUGCUCGUGCUGACCGGGCAGUGCUUUGAAAAUACCGGAGAGCUCAUUCUCCAAUCCGGCUCUUUCUCCUUCCAGAACUUCAUAGAGAUUUUCACGGAUCAAGAGAUUGGAGAGUUACUGAGCACUACCCAUCCUGCCAACAAAGCCAGCUUAACCCUGUUCUGCCCCGAAGAAGGGGAUUGGAAGAACUCCAACCUGGACAGACACAAUCUGCAAGACUUCAUCAACAUUAAACUCAACUCAGCGUCUAUAUUGCCAGAAAUGGAAGGACUCUCUGAGUUCACCGAGUACCUCUCGGAGUCAGUGGAAGUCCUGUCCCCUUUUGACAUCCUGGAACCUCCCACAUCCGGGGGCUUUCUGAAGCUCUCCAAGCCCUGCUGUUACAUCUUCCCCGGAGGCAGGGGCGACUCCGCCCUGUUCGCGGUGAACGGAUUCAACAUGCUCAUCAACGGCGGCUCGGAGAGGAAGUCCUGCUUCUGGAAACUCAUCCGCCACCUGGACCGCGUGGACUCCAUCCUGCUCACCCACAUCGGGGAUGACAACUUGCCCGGCAUAAACAGCAUGCUGCAGCGGAAAAUCGCCGAGCUGGAAGAGGAGCAGUCGCAGGGCUCCACCACCAACAGCGACUGGAUGAAAAACCUCAUCUCCCCUGACUUGGGCGUCGUCUUUCUCAACGUCCCUGAAAACCUGAAGACUCCCGAGCCCAACAUGAAGAUGAAGAGGAGCCUGGAGGAAGCGUGCUUCACCCUCCAGUACCUGAACAAGUUGUCCAUGAAGCCAGAACCUCUCUUUAGAAGUGUAGGCAAUACCAUCGAUCCUGUCAUUCUUUUCCAAAAGAUGGGGGUGGGGAAACUAGAGAUGUAUGUGCUUAACCCAGUCAAGAGCAGCAAGGAAAUGCAGUAUUUCAUGCAGCAGUGGACUGGCACCAACAGAGACAAGGCGGAACUGAUCCUGCCCAAUGGUCAGGAAGUAGAUAUCCCGAUCCCCUACUUAACUUCAGUCUCCUCGCUGAUCGUGUGGCAUCCAGCAAACCCGGCCGAGAAAAUCAUCCGCGUCCUCUUUCCUGGAAACAGCACCCAAUACAACAUCCUGGAAGGGCUGGAAAAACUCAAACAUUUGGACUUCCUGAAGCAGCCGCUGGCCACCCAGAAGGAUCUGACUGGCCAGGUGCCGGCUCCCGCCGUGAAACAAGUGAAACUCAAACAGAGGGCUGACAGCAGAGAAAAUCUGAAGCCAGCUGCAAAACCAGCUCCCAGCAAAACCGUGCGAAAGGAGUCGAAAGAGGAAGCCCCGGAGGUCCCCAAAGCGAACCAGGUAGAAAAGCCGCCCAAAGUGGAAAGCAAAGAAAAGGUGACCGUGAAAAAAGACAAGCCGGUCAAAACGGAGCCCAAACCAGCGGCCGUGGACAAGGAGGCGCCCAGCAAAGAGGAGCAGCCUCCCGUCAAAGCCGAGGUGGCGGACAAGCAAGCCGCCGACGUCAAGCCCAAGGUCUCCAAGGAGAAGACCGUGAAAAAGGAGGUAAAGGCGAAACCCGACGAGAAGAAAGACGAGAAGGAAAAGCCGAAGAAGGAAGUGGCGAAGAAGGAGGACAAGACGCCCGUCAAAAAGGAGGAGAAACCGAAAAAGGAGGAGGUGAAGAAGGAAGUCAAGAAGGAAAUCAAGAAGGAGGAGAAGAAGGAGCCCAAGAAGGAGGUGAAGAAAGAAACGCCCCUGAAGGAAGCCAAGAAGGAGGUGAAGAAGGAAGAGAAGAAGGAGGUGAAAAAGGAAGACAAAGAACCUAAAAAGGAAAUUAAGAAGCUCCCCAAAGACACGAAGAAACCAGCCACUCCUCUCUCGGAAGCGAAAAAACCUGCUGCGUUGAAGCCCAAAGUCCCCAAGAAGGAGGAACCGGUCAAGAAAGACGCGGCGGCUGCCGGGAAGCCCAAGGAGAAGGCCAAAGUCAAAGUUAUCAAGAAGGAGGGCAAGACGGCCGAGGCCGCCGUGGCCGUGGGCGCCGCCGCUGUGGGCGCCGCCGUGGCCGCCGUGGCCGCCGCCGGCCCCCUGAGGGAGCUCGAGGCCGAGCGGUCCCUCAUGUCGUCCCCCGAGGAUCUCACCAAGGACUUCGAGGAGCUGAAGGCUGAAGAGGUGGAUGUGGCGAAGGCCCUGAAGCCUCAGCUGGAGCUGAUCGACGAGGACGCGAAGCGGAAGGAGAGCGAGGCCGGGGAGGCCUACGCCCUUCAGAAGCACACGGAGGUCAUCCAAGGCCCCGCCGAGUCCCCCGACGAGGGCAUCACGACCACCGAAGGGGAGGGCGAGUGCGAGCAGACCCCCGAGGAGCUGGAGCCGGCCGAGAAGCCAGGCGUGGAGGACACUGAGAGGUUCGAGGACGAAGGAGCGGGCUUUGAGGAGUCCUCCGAGGCCGGCGACUACGAAGAGAAGGCAGAAACCGAGGAGGCGGAGGAGCCGGAAGAGGACGCCGAGGAGAGCGCGGCUGUGAGCGCCCCCAAGCCCGGCCUGGCUGAGGACGAGGAGGUGGCCAAGGCCGAGGCGGAUGUGCACAUCAGGGAGAAGAGGGAGUCUGUGGCCAGCGGGGACGACCGGGCCGAGGAAGACAUGGACGAGGCGAUUGAGAAGGGAGAAGCCGAGCAGUCCGAGGAGGAGGAAGGCGAGGAGGAGGAGGAGGACAAGGCGGAGGACGCCCGAGAGGAGGAGUACGAGCCCGAGAAGGCUGAAGCGGAAGAUUACGUGAUGGCCGUGGUGGACAAGGCCGCGGAGGCUGGAGGUGCCGAGGAUCAGUACGGGUUCCUCACGGCGUCCCUCAAGCCGCCCGGAGCCCAGUCCCCCAGCCGAGAGCCGGCAUCUUCCAUUCACGACGAGACUCUGCCUGGAGGUUCGGAGAGCGAGGCCACCGCUUCCGACGAGGACAACCGAGAGGACCAGCCUGAGGAGUUCACGGCCACCUCCGGCUACACGCAGUCCACCAUUGAGAUCUCCAGCGAGCCCACCCCCAUGGAUGAGAUGUCGACGCCUCGCGACGUGAUGAGUGACGAGACCAAUAACGAGGAGACCGAGUCCCCGUCGCAGGAAUUCGUGAACAUCACCAAAUACGAGUCUUCCCUGUAUUCCCAGGAAUACGUCAAACCCGCGGUGACGUCACUCAACGGGCUGUCGGAUGGGUCAAAAACCGACGCCACCGAAGGCAAGGACUACAAUGCUUCAGCCUCCACCAUAUCCCCGCCGUCGUCCAUGGAGGAAGACAAAUUCAGCAGAUCUGCCCUACGUGACGCUUACUACUCGGAAGAGAAAGAGGGGCAAGCCAGAGCCGCGCUGGACAUCAAAGAUACCUUCUCGGCAGUUUCCGAUGAAAAACUCAGUCCCCCCAAGAGCCCAGCCAGGAGUCCGUCUCCGCCGUCUCCGAUAGAGAAGACCCCGCUCGGGGAACGCAGCGUGAACUUCUCUCUGACGCCCAAUGAGAUCAAAGCCUCCGCAGAGGCAGAAGCAGCCCCGGUGUCUCCCGAGGUGACCAAGGAAGUAGUCGAAGAGCGCUGUGCUAGCCCCGAGGAGAAGACCCUGGAAGUGGUGUCCCCGUCGCAGUCUGUGACCGGCAGUGCUGGCCACACGCCCUACUACCAGUCUCCCACCGAAGAGAAAUCAAGUCACCUCCCCACAGAGGUCGUGGAGAAGCCCCCGGCCGUCCCGGUGAGGUUUGAGUUCAGCGAUGCCAAAGACGAGAGAGAGAGGGCCUCGGUGAGCCCGAUGGAUGAGCCCGUGCCCGACUCGGAAUCUCCCCUUGAGAAGGUGCUGUCACCCCUGCGCAGCCCUCCCUUGUUGGGCUCCGAGUCGCCUUACGACAGUUUCUUGAGUGUAGACGACCAGGCUCCCGGCCGGGGGACCGAGAGCCCAUUCGAAGGGAAAGAUGGCAAGCCAGAGCUUCUGGACCAGGUGUCUCCGGUCUCUGACGUGACCUCCGCCGGUCUCUACCAAGACAAGGAGGAAGGGAAAGGCACGGACUUUGUGCCGAUCAAGGAAGAUGUUGGUCCAGAAAAGACUGAUGAUGUUGAAUCGGCGAGUUCUCAGCCAGCGCUGGCCUUGGAUGACAGGAAGCCAGGAGAUGUUUCUCCGACACAGAUAGAUGUCAGUCAGCUUGGAUCUUUUAAAGAAGACACCAAGAUGUCCAUUUCUGAGGGCACUGUCUCAGACAAGUCCGCCACUCCUGUGGAUGAGGGAGUAGCAGAAGACACCUACUCGCACAUGGAGGGGGUGGCCUCCGUCUCCACGGCCUCCGUGGCUACGAGCUCCUUCCCCGAGCCGACCACUGACGAUGUGUCUCCUUCUCUGCACGCCGAGGUGGGCUCCCCACAUUCCACUGAAGUCGACGACUCCCUUUCAGUGUCUGUGGUACAAACGCCUACCACGUUCCAGGAAACGGAAAUGUCUCCAUCUAAAGAAGAAUGCCCAAGACCGAUGUCAAUUUCUCCACCGGACUUCUCCCCGAAGACGGCCAAGUCCAGGACCCCGGUUCAAGAGCACCGAUCGGAACAGUCCUCAAUGUCUAUUGAAUUUGGCCAAGAAUCUCCUGAGCACUCUCUUGCCAUGGACUUCAGCCGGCAGUCUCCAGACCAACCUACAAUGGGAGCAGGUGCGCUUCACAUCACUGAAAACGGGCCAACCGAAGUGGACUAUAGUCCAUCCGACAUGCAGGACUCUAGUUUGUCACAUAAGAUACCGCCCACGGAGGAGCCGUCCUAUACCCAAGAUAAUGAUCUCUCUGAACUCAUCUCAGUAUCUCAGGUAGAGGCCUCCCCAUCCACCUCUUCUGCUCAUACCCCUUCUCAGAUAGCUUCUCCGCUUCAAGAAGAUACUCUGUCCGAUGUGGCUCCUCCCCGAGAUAUAUCCUUGUAUGCCUCGCUCACCUCUGAGAAAGUGCAAAGUCUAGGAGGAGAGAAGCUCUCUCCCAAAUCCGAUAUCUCCCCACUCACUCCGCGGGAGUCCUCUCCUUUAUAUUCUCCUAGUUUUUCAGAUUCUACCUCUGCAGUCAAAGAGAGCACGGAAGCCCGCCACACUUCCUCUUCUCCACCAAUAGAUGCAGCUGUUGCCGAGCCCUAUGGCUUCCGUGCCUCAAUGUUAUUCGAUACCAUGCAACACCAUCUAGCCUUGAAUAGAGAUUUGACCACGUCCAGCCUGGAGAAAGACAGUGGAGGGAAGACACCUGGAGACUUCAGCUAUGCCUAUCAGACGCCUGAGAAACUGACCAGGUCCCCGGAUGAAGAAGAUUACGACUCUGAGUCUUAUGAGAAAAGUACCCGGAGCCCAGAUUUGGGCAGCUGUUACUAUGAGCAGACAGAGCGAACCGUAAAGUCCCCGUGUGACAGUGGCUACUCCUACGAGACCAUUGAGAAGACCACCAAGACCCCUGAAGAUGAUGGCUAUGCCUGUGAAAUCACGGAGAAGACCACCCGGACCCCCGAGGAGGGCAGCUACUCAUAUGAGAUAAGUGAGAAGACGACAAGGACCCCGGAUGUGAGUGGUUACAGCUAUGAAAAGACGGAGCGGGCCAGACGGCUGCUGGAUGACAUCAGCAAUGGCUACGAUGACUCCGAGGAUGGUGGCCACACACUUGGGGACUCCAGCUACUCUUAUGAGACCACUGAGAAAAUCUCCAGUUUCCCCGAGUCUGAGAGUUACUCCUACGAGACGUCUAUGAAAACUACGCACACCCCUGACGCUUCCACGUACUGCUACGAGAGUUCGGAGAACAUCACCAAAACCCCCCAGGCGUCUACGUAUUCCUACGAGACCUCAGACCGAUGCUACGCCGCCGAGAAGUCCCCCUCAGAAGCCCGCCAGGAGGUUGACUUAUGCCUCGUGUCCUCCUGCGAGUACAAGCAUCCCAAGACGGAGCUGUCACCCUCCUUUAUCAAUCCCAAUCCUCUUGAGUGGUUUGCCAGCGAAGAGCCCACUGACGACUCCGAGAAGCCCCUCACACAGUCGGGAGGAGCCCCGCCCCCUCCCGGAGGCAAGCCGCAAGGGCGACAGUGCGACGAGACCCCUCCCACCUCAGUCAGCGAGUCGGCCCCCUCCCAGACAGACUCGGAUGUUCCCCCAGAGACCGAAGAGUGCCCUUCCAUCACAGCGGAUGCCAACAUCGACUCUGAGGAUGAAUCGGAAACCAUACCCACAGACAAAACUGUCACCUACAAGCACAUGGACCCUCCUCCAGCCCCCGUGCAGGACCGCAGCCCUUCUCCACGCCACCCUGAUGUGUCCAUGGUCGACCCCGAGGCCUUGGCCAUCGAGCAGAACCUGGGCAAGGCGCUGAAGAAAGACCUCAAGGAGAAAACCAAAACCAAGAAGCCAGGUACAAAGACCAAGUCCUCUUCACCUGUCAAGAAGAGUGAUGGGAAACCCAAGCCCUUGGCAGCUUCCCCGAAACCAGCGAGCUUGAAAGAAUCCUCAGAUAAAGUGUCCCGAGUGGCUUCCCCCAAGAAGAAAGAAUCUGUGGAAAAAGCCACGAAAACCAGCGCCACCCCCGAGGUCAAGGCUGCACGUGGGGACGAGAAAGACAAGGAGACCAAGAACGCCGCCAACGCCUCGGCAUCCAAGUCAGCCAAGACCGCAACUGCAGGACCAGGAACCACCAAGACAGCCAAGCCCUCUGCGGUGCCUCCAGGCCUCCCCGUGUAUCUGGACCUGUGCUAUAUUCCCAACCACAGCAAUAGUAAGAACGUGGAUGUUGAGUUUUUCAAGCGAGUGAGGUCCUCCUACUACGUGGUGAGUGGAAAUGACCCUGCUGCUGAGGAGCCCAGCCGGGCUGUCCUGGACGCCUUGUUGGAAGGGAAGGCUCAGUGGGGCAGCAACAUGCAGGUGACACUGAUCCCAACCCAUGACUCGGAAGUAAUGAGGGAAUGGUACCAGGAGACCCACGAGAAGCAGCAAGACCUCAACAUCAUGGUUUUAGCCAGUAGCAGCACAGUGGUUAUGCAAGAUGAAUCCUUCCCCGCUUGCAAGAUCGAACUGUGAAGGCCAAGGCCAGCCACACCACAGGAUUUGAACUUUGCUUCCAGAAAUUCUUCCAUUUGAAACUACCUUUUCUAAAACGUCAAUUCAUCUGAUUAAGUCGCUGAACAGUUACCUGCCAAAUGCUAUACUGUGUCAUGGUGAUGCAAGUCACUAAUAUUUCUCAGUUUUUGCUGAUUGCUAAGGGAAGUAACAGUAUUCCCACGAUAGGGUUCAAGUUACUGCAAAAUUACCUAGCCCAGUUCAUCUCUGCUGAACAUUCGGAAACCAUGCACUAGCGAACCCAACUGACUUCUGCUAGGUAGAGGCAUUUGUCUUAGAGAGAAAGAGAGAGCGAGCGAGCAAGAGAGUGAACGCAGAAAAGAGGGAGAGGAAGAAGAGACAGAGGGAAGAAUGAGAAAGAAAAGGAGCGCAAGAGAAGGAGACGUAAUGGUAAAGAGUUCUGGUGAGACACCCGGAGAGACAGAGAGAGAGCAGAGCGGGGUAACGGGUGGGUGGGACGUCACCAGUAGCUAGGUCUGCAUUUUCUCAGGCAGAAGGUCUUCUGUUGGUCUACAGAGGUAAUGUUUUCCAUUUUUGUCAGUCUGAGUCAUCGGAAAGGGUCUUAAUUGGCUAAAACAAGUUGGCUGGAAGACAAAAAGAACGCAGCUUCUUAGGAGGGCAUGUGAGAUUUUCACGCCUUAAUUAAGCUCCUUCGGCUCUGAAGGCUGCACACUGACCUGACGUAGCGAGUGUAGGCUGGACAUGCGAGUGGUACGAGCCCCAUUCAGAACUCUCUUUCAACACACGAGUAGGCAGGUCUAAGGCAUGCUCCCAGCAUCUGUCCACCCACUUAGUCCACUCUGUCAACUAACCUGCAUGCUGCAAGACCCACGCUCACCCCACUGAACUGAAGCAAAUACCAAAGCAGUUGGGAGUACAUAUGGUAGACAAUUUGCCUUAGGAAGUGACUUGAAUGUACAAAGAUACUUGAUGCACUUAUUUUUUAAUGUGAGACAGCAAGUUUAUAAAACAUCCAUGUAGGAUUAUAGAUACUCCAGUUAAAGGAGCACGUGUGUGCGCGUUGCGUGGUGGUACUAGAAGCUGAUCUGAUUGGUCCAGCAGUUUGAUGCUGAGUCAUGUGUGUUGAAGACCACGUCUGUGCACCUGUGGCCCUUCAGUCAAACAAGUUGCACCGCUGGCAGCUUCUUCACUGCUGCACGUUCAAGGUGGAAAUGGCUUCGAUGAUCAGAACUGGGAAACCGCGAAUGGGAUGGUGGAAGAGGUUCUCAGCGAGCGAACAGUAUUUGCCUUCCUUUGUCUUACAUUGGCUUUUUAAAUUUUCCAUUAAUUUCAGCAGAAUUAUGGGAACAAGUGUACAGAAGAAUUUUUUUUUAGAUAUGUGCAAACUUUUCAUAGAUGAACUUUUUAACAGAUGUUUUCAUUUACAGGAAAAUGCAGAGAAAAUUUUCAAAUGAUAGGUUUUUUUUUUUUUUUAAAUGUUUCGUAAGACAAACAUUGAAUAAUGUCAUUUGAAGUUCUGGCAAGAUUGAAGUCUGAUAUUGCAGUAAUAAUAUUUAUUAAAAACCCAUAACUACCAGGAAUAAUGAUACCUCCCACCCUUUGGUUCCCAUAACAUGAAAAGCUGAGUAUGUGCUAUUUGAGAGUGGGGGAGAAAGGCAUGGUAGGCUACUUUUCAAGACCUUUACGAAUAGAUCACUAGUGAUGACCUACAUACUUCUCUCAAGAUCUUCAACCAUGAGGUAGAAGAACCCUGGCAAAAUCUGCUUUGGGAUUUUCUUUUCUGGAAAAAUAAAUGAAACAAAUAAUACAUGGAAUCCAAUGAACUCCCAAGUCUAUGGUUCACCAUGUAGAGUCCAGAGCUCAUUUUCGUCAUUGUCAUCAUUGAACUGUGAACCUGGGAAGCCAGAUCCUGAUUAGAACUGAUGGCAGGUUUCCGGCCGCAGAUCCACGCACCCAGUGUUCCCAUGUGGCAAGCUCUCAGCCGUCACGUAAAGAUUCCUGCAGACGCGCAGGUCUGCGGAGCAGUGAACAAUGACCUCAUUUUAUUUUCUAUGUUAGUUAUUUAUUUCAGAAUUAACAUUUUAGUUUAUUUUUGUCUGAUGAGUGUAUGUUUUGCACUGCUAACUACUAUGAGGGUUUAACCAGUGCUUCUUCAGGGUCCCUUCCCUGGGGAGCUAUGCAGUCUACUUAAUGCUGUGAAUUACAUUUUUCAAAUGUUUAAUUUUUUUAAGGAAAUUAAUAUUCUAUUUUUGUUAGGCUUCUCUAGAAAUGCAGCUUUUAUUUAUUCCCCAUUUCUUUCAAGUCCUUAAAAGUAACAUUAAAGGUACAAACAGUUAACACGUGAUGGAAAAGUCAUUGUGACGAACAUGGAUUUCAUUGAGUAUAAACUCAUCUGCUUCAAACUUGUUUUAGGAGACAACCUAAGCUAAUUGUUUAAUGGUUAGUUAUCAGGUUGAAUUGAUCCUCCUUAUGCCUGGGAAGAGAAACAUUUCUAGCCUUCUUGCCAAAUCCAGACCUCUGGUUGACUUUCCUUUGAUAGAAGAUGGAGUUCUACUCCAGUUUCCCAAAUUAAAUGUAUAUCACAUGUACAUGAUUUUGCUUUUAAAAAUUCAAACAUUUUAGGAGAAUUAUAGGCAGUCUUCAGUUAUAACCAUUCUGCUCCACUCCCUUUUCUCUCUCUCUUUUUUUUUUUCUUCAAUGGGAUUUAAUGGGGAAAAUAUAUAAAAACUGUCACUAGACAGCUGGUUCUUUUUCCAGUGAAAUCUACCUAUACCUUUCUCCAUCCAUUGUUCUUGAUGAUGACCACAGAACCUAAGUAUAUCAGGAAAACCAAUAUUUGCAUGACAGGUUGCUCCUGUCCUCUGGACACCUUUCCUACCUGUGUGACUAACCUAAUUUUGCUAGUUCCAUAAACACACAAUUCGUUUAGUAACAGCCAUCACAGUGUGCCAUGUACAUUCAUGGUGAGAACGAAAGAUGGACGUAGACUUCUAGAGCUUUGUUCAUACUGAGUACUUGAUCCGAUGGUGUAGACUGAACAUCUGAGUGGAAGGAAUUGACACUCUCGGUGAAGGAUGGCUUUCUAUCGAGAUCACACCCAUGACCAUGACCCUUUUUGGUAGUAUUCCUAAACAAAAUUCUGCAGAGACGAAAUGUUAGAGAUGAUCCUCCAUUGUCAAUUUUAACAAUCCCCCCCAACCCCCGCUUUCUGCAGACCCCAAUCCCUGUGCAUGCUUUCUCAGUCUUGUGGUGGGACUGGAUACAAGGACUGACUCCCCCCUCCCCCAAACACCAUUUCCAUGGAGUUCAAAAAAGAAUUUUUUUUCUUAACAUAUCAUAGUGAAUGGUUUCCCCAGUGUGUAUGAAUGUUUUAAGUGUCUCCAGUAGCUUAUAUGGUUUAGGAACUUUCUGACACUCAUUUAAUAAGAUUUAAUCAUUUGCUAAUGGAAGUUUUACCACCUUCUAUUUUCCCUCUGUUACCAAAUUUCAGCUCCCAGGAGCUGCUCUACAAUGCUGAAAUUGCUUUUCUUGCCUCUCUUUUAGUCACCUGUCACAGGGAUUCCUGCUCGCAAGGAUCAUGUGAGUUAGGAUAAUGACUUUUUUUUUUUUUUUUUUUGCUCUUCAGAUUUAGAAGAUCCUGUUUCUAUUUGAAAGGAACUGUAAGCUUUUAUCUUUUAGCCAACUGAACAACACACCAAAAGCAGCCUAGGGAUGAGCAUUCUCUGAAAGCAAUUAGGUUUUUCACCUGGUAUUAAAACUAUUUACUAUUAAAAAAAAAAAGCUGUGACUUUAUGAAGUUCAUGUACAAGGCAGCAUCAAAGACUGAAAAGGAAGGGAAACCAACCAACAGCUUCUCUGCACUUGUGUGGAGCUCCCCAAGGCGGGAGCCUGGAGGAGAGGCGCCAGGCCAAGGCCAGGCUGCCCUUUCUAGAACAUUCCGCGGCGGUCGGCCUCGCUCUCCACGCUGCGUGCGGCCCUGCUCCCUGCCGCCCUGGAGGAGCGUCUUGAGCCGCAACGAGAAGCACUCCACACUCCUCUCUCUCGUUCUGAAUGGUGUUUGUGUCAGUCUGCAGCUGUGUAUGGUAUGAUGUCUUAUAAUCCUGCAUCACUUCUAUCCUAUCCAGUCAUAUCUAAUGUAGAAAAUUAGUUUCCAGUGAAAGUAAUCUGUAGUGCUUUUAUGAUAUUUGUGUGCAAUAUCCCCUCUUCCAUUGAGGAUAUUUGAUGUAAAGGAAAAAAAAAAAAAAACCUCAGUUCCACAAUAAAAUACAAAAGUGGCAAAAGGU